AUGUCUUCCAUGAUGUCCUUGCGCCGACAAAUGUUCGAAGAUCAUCCAUGGGACCUCGCGAACCCCGAGGGAAUGCCAACGAUGGACGGCAAGCUGAUCUCAGCAGCUCAGAUGUUCGACGAGGCUGGCAGCCCUCCUGUCCUCUCAAAGAAAGCCAUCUCUCAAGGGAGCAAGCCAGCAAGCCAUCACGCCAAGAGGGACGAGAGUCAUUCUGCUGAGAUCAACGCUGUCCUCGCCUCCGUCUUCCAGCAGCAAAGCAACGUGCGUCCCAUGCAGGCACGUCCUGCAAGUGCGAUCAGGGAGCCUGAGGAAUCAGAGGAGUCCUCGAGGGGAUUGGCAGCGCAGGGGAUGGCUGGACAGGCACGGGCAAAACAAGCGGGAGGAGAGCAGGCACGGGCAACACAAGCAGGAGGAGAGCAGGGCUUCGUCACGGGCUCGCUGCUUCGGGUCACUCCAUCUGAAUUUCACCGAGAGAUGAGAAGGUUGCGGAGGUGUAUGCCUAGGUUGCGGAGGUGUAUGCCUAGGUUGCGGAGGUGUAUGCCUAGGUACAUGCCUUCAGCCAACGGAAAGCUCGUGAGCGCGUUUCAGUGGGAAUUGACGCUGCUGCAGGAUCUCCUCCCCCUCCUCCUCCAGCAAGACGAGCUUGAGAGCACGUGA